AUGCAUUUUCUUCAAAAGCGGAUCAGUGGAUCACCUUCGUUCCCUUUUCUCCUCCCUCUGCUUUCACUCUCCAUCGCACUCACUCUCACUCCUCAUUUCGCUCCCAAACUUUUCUCGCACUUCCAAUUUCAAAUGGAGCCUUUCAAUUUCCUCGCCGUCCAGAGAUCGAUCCUGAAAUUCGACAAUCUGAAACUCGUCGCCAAGCUGUUCCGCGUGAUUGAGCUCUGUCUCGGCUUGUUUCUCCUCGCCUGGAGCUCGUUUCGCUUGCCUUUCGCCGUCAAAAUCUCCGGCGAGUAUUUCCGCCUCCUCCUCUCCUUUAUGAUCACUCCUCUCUCCAUUUUCGUCGUGAGCAACUUCAUCGUCCUCACUCUGCUCCUGAAGUCCGGCGGUCUCUCCGUCCAGACUCCGGUCGCCUGCAAUGACGGUGAGACGGAAUUCUACGAGUUGCUUAUGGAGAGCAGCGCGUGCUGCGUGAGUUUAACUUGCGAAAGUUCAAAUCCGGUUUCGAAGCCGGACGAGAUCGCGUUCGAAGACAAACGGACAAUUUUCGUCCAGAAACGCGAAUGUUCUAGAACGGACGAACCGGCAGGUUUGGAAGUAAAACCUCCUCCGAAGAGAACACAAUCGGAGAAGUUUAGAGUGGAUAAGGUAGCAGCGGAGAAUAAUCGCGGAAAGCUCCGACGAUCGGAGACAGAAAAGUGCCGGAGAGUUGCAGAUCCCGUCGACAUUCCGGCCGAGACGGCGUAUACGGUUGAUGAGCUGAGCAAUGAGGAGUUCAACAGAACAAUAGAGGACUUCAUUGCCAAACAAAUCAAGUUUCACCAGGAAGAGAAGGUAGCUAUUGUUCUCCAUAGCUAA